UUAUCAAAGUAUGCGUCACUGUGUUCACAAAGUGAGUGUCUUAUUAAGCCUACAUCGAGGGAUUUUACUCACAAACUGCCUAAAUCGCCGACAGAGAUGUUAGGAUUUAAACAGUGCGUCUUUAUUUUUACCCUUUUACUAUCGGUGGUAGUGUCUGGAUAUGUUUUUGACGUUGCCACGGAAACGGAGAUUGAAGAGCUCGUUAGGAAGACGUUAGAAUGCCGUCAUGUGCCUGGGAUGACGUUGAGUGUUGUUAAAGGAGAUGAUGUGUGGGCGCGUGGUUUCGGUAGCGCGGACAUUUCUGCCGGUGUUCCGGUGGACAACUCCACUCUAUUCGCCAUUGGCUCCGUAACCAAGUCCUUCACCAUGGUGCUGCUCGGUAUUCUACUCACCGAGAAAAAACUGGACUGGACGGCCAAGGUGAUGGACAUUCUGGGUCCCGAGUACGGCUUCGUGGACGAGUAUCGAACCCGAGAGAGCACACUGAAAGACCUUCUCUCGCACCGUACUGGUGUUGAUAGUAUUGAUGUGGGCAUUCUAGCAGGUUAUCCGAAAACUGUUACCAGAGAACAACUAUGCAAGAAUAUGAAAAUGGUUCCAGAACGCAUGCCGUUUAGAGAUACCUUCAUCUACAACAACUUCAUGUACAUGUUGCUCGGUCACGUGGCAGAGAAACUAGGCGGCGACACGUGGGAAAAUCUCGUGACGUCACGAGUUCUUAAACCAAUUGGAAUGACCUCCACGAAACUGAUGUUGGAUCCUGUGGAUGUUUAUGAGAAGAAGGCUGCCAGACCAUACACUUACAAAGACGGGAUUUUUCAGAACGGGACUAAAGAACUUUACACUAUUCACCCUUUGGAGCCAGCAGGCGCCAUUUUGUCAAACGGUGUCGAUAUGGCCAAGUACAUCCGGUUCAUCAUCAAUAUGGGCAAGACUGACAAAGGGGAACAACUACUGGACUCGGCGCUUCUGACGCUAUCUUUAAUAUCUGUUAUCCCUCGCAAUGACGAUGUGACUAAGAAGAUGUCUCUCACACGUCCAGAGUUCCCGGUGUCUGAUCUUCACCUUGGAUACGGACAGGCGUGGGUAGAGGCGUUCUACAGAGGUUACCGACGGAUAUGGCACAGCGGGGGCCUAUUCUCCUACAUUACAUUGCUGUGGAUUUUCCCAGAGCAAAAGUUUGGACUCUUCGCCAGCACAAACGGCCCUGGGCUCUCUGAGUCCCAAAGUACGGCAAUGAGAACGACAUUUUACCACGUGGCCGAUUGUCUGUUGGGACUGGAGCCGUGGAUAAAUAUCACCACUUCGUGUACAUUUCCCGAACCAUGGCGUACCGCUAACGAUACAGAUUCGUCUACUGUUGAGGACGCGGUGGUGUUAACGAAUGCCAAGAAAUACGAAGGCUUUUACAUCAGUCCAUAUGUGUCUGGGAUUCGUGUUGAAGAGGACGACACCAGUAAUACGAGCAUGCGGUUUAGGAUGGGCAAUAUGGGAGGAGCACUGUACGCAACUGUGGACAAGGACAGAUUUUUGAUGGAGAUCAGGACCCCGUGGGAGUUGAGCGUAAUGUUUAUUGAUCAAAAUAACGUCACGCUUAAAACGAACGUUACGUUCUUAUGGACUGGGGACCACGUUAAUACGUUACAGGCGCACUUUCCAGUGCCAGUUAACUUCACGAGGCGCACACAUGCAGGCGAGGCGGCUACCAAUGCGUGUGAUCCGCUUUCACAUCAAGGAUGCAUUCCCUUGUAACGUCAGCUUAUAUGGGCAACAUGUGCAUGCGGUUGUGACAAAAAUAUUAAAGAACAUGCAUUAGUAUUAUUUUUGCAUACAUAAUUUAUCGUAUGUUUUUGUAUGCGUAUUGUUUCAACUUUUUGUUGCUUUUCAUUUGCAUUAUUUUGCCGCCGACAUUAAAAAUAAUUUGCAAUAUUCAAGGUAGCACGCAUAGAAUUAAAUGGGACGUCCAACAGAUUUUAGCAUGUAUUGAAGCUUGUCAUUAAAUGCUUUAAAUGCUUUAUAUUAAUAAAUUUAAACAUUUGAACUAUAAAUCUCCAGUAAAAAAAAACACCACAAGAAUACAAUUUAAAAAAAGGAAAAAAAGUAACCCGCAACAUGGUUCGAACCACUGACCCCUGGAUUCCUGGAGUAAAAAGCCUCCCGCCUUGACCACUCGCUUACACUCAAAGCGGAUGUAUUUUUAAGCUAUAUAAGCAAUCCUCGUAGUUUCUCAAAAUAUCGAAUCGCGUCGAUACGACGCUUUAUCUUUUGGACGGCCCCUUUAAGAUAAUCAAAGUACUGACAGUACUGGUGUGACGAUGCUUUUGAAGAGAAUGGAUAUAAAAACAUCAAUUUAAGUUUAUCAAUAUCACCACAAUUGUGUAUGUGGGUACGAACAUUUUGGGUACGAAAAAAAAUUUGGGUACGAAAAUUUUGGAUACGAAAAAAAAUUGGGUACGAAAAUAAUUUGGGUACGAAACAUUUUGGGUAAACAAAAAAAUUGACGGUACGGUGAAGAAGUACCCGUGGGGAACUUGACCCAUUCAGCGAAACUGGGUGGCGGGUUACAUUCUCGCACAAUCGCACAAGAAAUAUCUUUAAAAAGAUAACCGGCGUGUAUUUUUUGUACCACUUUUCGUAAAAACUUUAUAUUACAAUAAAAUGUUUGUGGUGUUUAUUAAACUUACGUUUCAGCAGAUAUAUACAAAACAUGACAUGAUCGUUAAUAACAUAUGUACAUUAUACCCUACCUUUAUUUCGUUGUUUACGUUCUAAAUUUAAUAAUGCUUUAUGUACGGACAUGAUUUCACAUGCCCAUGGACAUGGAUAUAUGCUUGUUUUCCUGUUGAAUAUUGUUUGUUAAUUUAAGUUCAAUACGCAUAGGCAUGUUUGUUCAUUAAGUAUGGCGAUACUUUCAUGAUGAUUCUCGAAAGUAGGUAUGCGCACAUAGCCGGACCAGGUGGGCUCAAUCGUAAGAGCAUUUGAUUACCCGAGUUCGCCCAGGAACAUAUUAAUAAGAUAACUAACCAAAGCGAUAUGACCUUAUACAUGUAUAUGCUGAAAUCUAACAAACGAACGGAUUAACAAAACUGGUAUGUACACUUAGGUGGUUGUGUAAUUUCUGUUAGAAUAUCGUAUUAAAUAUGUAAAUUUAAAA